GGUAUUUUCAGAGAGGCGCGGCUUGUUUUGAGAUAAUAACUCCGGGAGGAAAGCCUCUCUGACCAGCAGGACAAAGAGGCUCAUUCGUACGCCAUCGCUGCGCGCCUGCGCCGAGCACGAUGGCCGAACUCGCCGCCACGACCGAGCUCACCGCCCUCACAGAUGAAGCCUCCCUCACCGCUCUAGGCAGCGGCAAGGUAGCCGUCCUCUUCGGCGCGGACUGGGACCCGCCCUCGCAGCAGCUCACCCAACUCCUCACGGAAGCAGCAUCUAAAAAGACCUACGGCACCGUCACCCUCGCGACGGCCGACGCCGACACGUGCGAAGCUUUAGCGGACGCGUUCGACGUCGAGGCUUUACCUACCCUACUGCUGCGAGAGAAUAAUACUACGGUCGCGACGCACGAGGCGCCUUCAGCUGCUCUAGUGAACGAGACCCUGCAAGAAUUCGCGAAGCGAGAAAGCGUCCCGACGACGCCGUCGGACGCCGAAGCCGUCGCAAAAACAAGAUUAGAAUUGCGACUCAAGCAGUUGAUAAGUGGCGCGCCGGGCAUGCUCUUCAUGAAGGGGAGUCCCGAUACGCCGCGAUGCGGCUUCUCGCGGCAGAUCGUGGAGUUGCUGCGGGAGGCGUCCGUACCUUUUUCACAUUUCGACAUAUUGACGGACGAAGAAGUGCGCCAAGGCCUGAAGAAGUUCAGCGACUGGCCGACGUACCCCCAGUUCUACGCGAACGGGGAACUCGUCGGUGGCCUGGACAUUUUGAAGGAAAUGGUCGCGGAAGGCGAUCUGAAGGGACAGCUCGACCUGAAGCCCAUCGAUGAUAACAUCAUCGACGGCCAGGACGAGGAAACAGCAUUGAACGAAAGGCUGAAGGCCCUCACGAGUCAAUCGAAGUGCAUGCUGUUCAUGAAGGGCUCGCCCGACAACGAGCGCUGCGGCUUUUCCCGCACGAUCGUGGCAUUGCUGCGGGAGCAUAGUGUAGAAUUCGACUCCUUCGACAUUUUGACGGACAACGACGUGCGCCAGGGGCUCAAAAAGUUCAGCGACUGGCCGACGUAUCCGCAGCUGUACGUCGACGGCGAGUUGGUGGGGGGCCUGGACAUCGUCCAGGAGAUGGCCGCCGACGGCGGGCUGAAGGGCCAGUUGGGGCUGUAAGUUUCUUGUUUGCA